AUGCCAUCUCCUGAUGCAGUGUCCGAGGACUCAGGGGUCCCGUCUGUCGGCUCCAACUCCGAUGCAGCAAAGCCUGGUCGCCCUUGGAUGGGUUGGACGGGCAUGUUUGGGUCCCGCAAGGGCAGCGCAAACAGCUCUGCAGCAAAGUCCCAGACAGGAGCAGUGGCUGGGGAUGUCGCAGGAGAUUCCACGGCAACCUCACCGGCCACUCCCGAAACGACUGGGGACCUAGAGAGGGAUCCUGGAACAACAACACCUGUGGCAGCAACACCAAUAGGAGACCUCACGCCUGCUGCUGACAGCCCUGGCAGCCCUGUGGACCAGGAUGAACCAGCAGCUCCAGUGGUUGCAGCCAUCCGCAAGGCCUCUGCACCCCCGUUGGCCACAGGCAUACCUAGCUCAACAGAUGUGGGUGCAAUGCAGCAGGAGGAGGAUGUGGACAAUGGAAGAGAUGGCACAGUCGAGGAUGUAGGGGAAGACGGCGAAGGGGGUGCAGCAACACUUGCUAUGGAGCAGCCAAGGGUGGAAACUGCGAGGGCGAUGCCAACACUCCCAAAGAGGUCUCCAACAUCGAGUGGGGGAGCUGCCAGGCCAGCUGGUAUGGGGGGUGGCCUGCCCACACGCCCAGCUGUGCGGCCCUCAGGUUUGGGGGCUGGCCUUGCCAGCCGCUCUGCAAACAGUGGCACCAUGGGUCGCUCUGGGACCCUGAGUCCUACUGCUCAAGAGACCCAGGGACCUGUAGGGCUCCCUGAAGAGCCGCCCGCAGUUAGGGCUGCACGGGAAAAGCUGCUGCAGAUCAGGCUGACGAUGCUGAGGGCAGCGUCAAGGCUGGAGAUCAAGCCAGGGGAAAUUUUGGUGCAGGAGUUCAUGAACAGGGUUGACACUGCAGAGAGGGUCAGAUUUUCCAGGGCACCUAUGAGGCCACCAAUCGACACCUUGUUCCAGCAGGCCCUCGAUUUGGAACAACAACAGGGAGCAGCAUCAGAUCUGGGCUAUGAUACAAAUGUGCUCGUCUUGGGUCCUGCUGCCGUUGGGAAGACGUCGCUCAUUCAGAACAUCUUGGCACCAGAUUCAGGCCUGGCACCACAUUUUGCAACAAACCCGACAAAGGGAAUCGCCACCACCACAGGACAAGUUUGUGGCCUUAAGAUGACCUUUAUCGACACACCUGGUCUGAGGAUGGCCGCAUCUUUGCGCCGUCAGAACAUGGUGAACCUGAGGAAGAUUAAGGCUGCUGUGAACAGAUACAAGCCACAGAUCGUGAUGUAUGUGGACCGGAUGGACGUCUUCCGUAGAGAAUUCAGUGACCUCCCUUUACUUCGCUUGAUCAAUGACAUGAGCCCCAACAUGCUAUACAGUUGCAUUCCUGUCCUCACGCAUGCUAAUGCGCCACCGCCAGAUGGCACGCAUGGAGAAAUGCCAUACAACGAGUACUAUCGCAUGAGGUUGGAUGCAGCCAGCCAGAUCAUCAGUCAUGGUAUUCAGGACAUGAGGUGGGGUGGCAGGCCUGUUGGCUUUGAAAACCACCCUGGCUGCCGUGUGAACAGUGAAGAUGUGCCCGUUCUUCCGAAUGGGCUGCCAUUUAAAAGAAAUACCAUUGGACAGUUAAUCACAAGCAGGCUGUUCAAGGAAGUGGAGAACAUUGUUCAGAUCAAUAGGACAGCCAGACCGCCUGCCAUGCAGGCGAUAUUCAGCAUGAUGGGCCCACGCAAGCAGCUUCAACUCUCUGCCUUGGUUGCACAACUCCUGCAGUCAAAGGCACCAAGAAAAUUCCCUGAAGAAGAGAGGGACCUCAAAUCGGAAGCUGAACUCCAGCUGAUGGAUGAAAGAACUCGAAUGAUUGAAGAGCAGAAACGAAGGGACUAUGUGCGACUGAGGAGGGUGGAGGUUUUGCAGGAAGAAGCACAUCCCUCCCAGGUGCCAGUAGUUGGACAAAAGAUGGAUCUUAAUCCAUCAUUCGAUCAUGAUGUGAACACCCACCGCUACAAUGCCACUGAUUUUGUGGGAGGGUGGUCAGUGCGACCCAUAAUCUCCCAGCAAGAUGCAACAUAUGACCAUGACGAAGGUAUAGAAAUGUUCCAGGUGGCACGGGAAGGCGUCGUAAGGCCAAAAGGGCAACACACUGGGGGAUUACCUGGGUCGAUGAUCAUUCAGGCCAGCAAACAGAAAGGGCCCCUGAGUCUCACCAUGGAGUCCAGCAUAUCGUGCCACUCCAGCAAGAACAUUAUCAGCACGGCUGGCUGCAUCAUUCACCCUGCUGGUGGUGAGGGUGAACUCGUGUACACACCUUCCUUGGAUGUCCGUGUGAAGAUGCAUCCAAAGGACAAGGUCUCUGUUGGAGUCAUGGCAACGCGGUUGUCUGAGGAUGGUUGGCCCCACAAGGGGCAGCUGAGCUGGGGGGCAAAGGUGGAAAACAAGCUCAAGCUCAGAGAUGGUCUGAAGGUCAACAUGGCGGCUGGGGGAAUGACUGCAAAAGUCCCGGGGAGCCAAUUUCGCGGUGAUUCAUACAGAGACCAAGCCUAUGGGGCCAACAUUGAUGUGAAGAUAGCUGGUGGGAAGGGAGAGUAUGACCCAUCCUUCAUGUUUGGAGCUGGGGUCAGCAACCAGAAACGGGGAAGCGUCAUAAAGACUGGUUACUCUGGCCAGGCCUCUGCAGAAGUCGCUGUCUCCCCUGAAACGAUGCUGAAUGGUUCCAUCAACAUGAAUGCAAGUGGCACAGGCACGCUGUCCCUACGUGCAGCUUCCCAUGAUAAGCCUGUGUGGGGAUGGGUCAUGGUGGUACCGCUGGUAAUGAAGCUGCUGAAGCGAGUGCUGGGUCAUGAAUCGGAAUACGUGUGA